UGGGGAACACUGAGGAGACUUCACUCCCAAGAAAAUGGCUCCGACUUUUGCUUUGCUGGUCCUUAGCCAGCUAGCUUUAUACUCAUCUGUAACAUCCAAGAAAGUGUGUGGACGGCCUCCUAUCACCGACGGGAUUGACACAUUAACCCUAAAACGUGUGUAUGAGGUUGGUGAAGAGGUGACCCUCACAUGCGAACGGGGUUACUUGCCUUCAACAACAACCCCUCGAAGGUUGACCUGCAGUGCCACAGGAGAGUGGACACAGUCAGACCUGGCAUGCUCCCCUAAGAUGUGCCCAAUCCCUAGACCUCUGCAGCCAUUAGCAAUGGGGAGGACAGAAGCUCCAUUCAAGAGUGUCCUCAACUACACAUGUGAUGAUGGGUACGUCAUUCAGGGAGCCAAUGAGAGCAGGUGUUUACAUGAUGGUACCUGGAGCAAUCCACCACCUCUCUGCAAAGCUGUGAAUUGUCCGCUGCCCAAGCCACCCAUAGACGGAAGAAUUGCCCAUGAUAAGCCAGUUACUGGAACCACCACAAUGUAUGGGCGAGGCUGGACAUAUGAGUGUAAUCCACCUAAGGCACCGAGUUACGAGAGGGGAUCCUGCAUGGCUGAUGGAAGUGUACCGGAGCCCCCGGUGUGCAGAGAGGUAAGCUGCUCCAUCCCAUCAAGCAUACCAAAUGGCUUUAUCACCUUUGCUGUGAUGAGACAACAUGGCUAUAAGGAGAAGGUUAGGUACGCCUGCAAUGAGCACUAUAUUCUGGAUGGCGAGGCUGAGAUGCAGUGCCAAAACACAGGAAACUGGUCUUCCAAGCCAGUUUGCAGGGCUCCCUGCAAAGUUGGCAUCAAAAGAGGCCGCAUCUUCUACAAUGCCAAGAAGCUCUGGAUUGCAGACCUGAAACCCAACAGAGUCCUCCAUGGAGAACAUGUUGUCUUCUAUUGUCUGAACAGAGCUGACAGUUGUGGCUACCCUGUGGCCAGCACCUGUAAUGAUGGAACCCUUCCCAUCCCAGAGUGCUUUGAGGAACCAGGCAAGAUGGAGUACACCUUAAGGGCCAAAACCCUUCCAUCAGAAAUCACAAUGUGUGCCGCUUCGCCCUCUGCCAGCCCUGCAAGAGCCACAUAACUUUGUGCAGAAUGACCUGAAACACAAUGUAUACUGACAGGAUAUGAAUGAUUGAAUGAUCAUGAAUAAUGAAUAUGUAACAUGCUACAAGACUGAGGCCAUUUUUGUUAUUGGUUGCCCUUAUCUUUUUUAAUUUUGCCUGUCAUUAUAAAGUAAUAGCCUUAAUUAUUAAUGAAGCAAUGAAAAUGUACAUGUGUAAAAUGGUGGUGUGGUAUUUGAAAGACUCACGAAGAAGAACCCAUGUAGUUUCUAGUCUGCAGAUACAUACAUACUGAACAUAUACAUAUCCAGUACAGAGGGUACAAUAAAAAAUUAACUAGCUGAUUUAUGACAUCAUUUCCCAGGAGAUUUGAUACCAAUUCCCACCUUAUUUUUGUGUGAAUCUGAUCUCUUUCACAACCUACCUUACCACUUUUAUGUGAUAUCAUGGUGUGAAUAGAGGUGCUGGAACUUCACAGCAGACAGUGUAACUGAAGAAGUGAUGAGUGGUGAAAUGCCCUAAAGACAAUGGCAUAAAGUUACACAGAGGGCGAGAUCAUAAAAAGAUCAUACUUACUACAGUUCUAACUUCUAGCCUUUAACCAGUCAGUUUGUGUGCAUGCAUGUUUCCAGCGCCUUUGCAGAUCUCAGCUCAUAUCACUUUAGUGCUACUCAUGUUGGAAAAGCUUCAUACAUUUUUAAAAUCUAAUGGAAGUUGACCCUUCCUAAAUUGCGCCCCUUUUUGCUCUGUGCUCCAAUAACAACUUUCUCCUUCCCUGUAGCAUUUGCUAUGUGCUAUAGGCUAAUCUAUAUUGAAAACAACAACCACGUUUUGAAGAUGGUUAAAAGAUAAAAGCAACAUAUUUUUAGAUAGCUAGUUCGCUAACAUUUUUCUACAGAGGAAAACGCUAACUAGUUUGCUAAUUCACAUUAAUUGUUAGCUACGUAGUUACAUUACACAGUCUCAUUAUGCUAAGCUCUUUAAAAUGAUUCAAGCAAGAGUAAAAUGGGGCCAAUGGGGCAUUUCUUUUUAAAAAAA